AUGGGACUCGCCAGCAAACUCGCCGCCGCCGGUGUGCCCGCCCCGGGUGCCGCCGGUGGAGCCGCCCCCUCGAACUACGGCGCUGCGCCUCCUCAGCAGCAGCAGCACCAGCAGCCUCAGCAGCAGUACGGCGCUCCUCCCGGUCCUCCUCCCGCAUACGGCUCCUCGUACUCGCCUGCCCCGACGCAGGACGGCAAGGCCUCGUACGCUCCUCCUCCCGGUCCUCCUCCCGCUCAGGGCCAGUACGCCCCGCCCUCGGGCCCGCCUCCUCCUGUCGGGUACGGCGGCCAGCAGUCGUCGCAGUACGGCCAGUCGCAGUACGGCCAGCCUCAGCAGCAGCAGCAGUACAACACCUACGGCGCACCGCCCGCUCCGGGCCGUGGCCCGCUCCCGCAGACGCCCGCUCCGGCCGGCGGUGCCGGCGGUGCCGUCACCGUCGAGAGCAUCCUCGCGCUUCUGCGCCACUGCGUGACCGACCAGAAGAUCCAGGCCUUCUAUCCCGACCCUCGCGCUCUCGAGCCCAUCGCGCGGCGCAUCGUCUCGUCCGGCGCUCUGCAGCAGAUCGCCUCCAAGUGGCGUCUCCCCAUGGAGAUCGCCGUCGACCUCUGCAAGCUCAGCCUGUUCGACGUCGUCCUCCUCAUCGACGACAGCGGCAGCAUGUCGUUCGAGGAGGGCGGCUCGCGCAUCGACGACGCCAAGCUCAUCGUCUCUCGCGUCGCCGAAGCUGCGUCCGCGUUCGACGACGACGGCAUCCAGGUCCGCUUCCUCAACUCGCGCAUCGAGGGCAACGGCCUGCGCAGCGAGGCGGACGCGCUCGGCCUCGUCGGCCAGAUCCGCUUCUCGGGCAUGACCCCGCUCGGCACCUCGUUUGACCAGAAGAUUAUCCAGCCGCUCAUCCUCGGUCCUGCGCGCGCCAACCAGCUCAAGAAGCCUGUCCUCGUCAUCGCCGUCACCGACGGCCAGCCCGGCGGCGAGCCUCGCGACACGCUCGCGCGCGUCCUCAUCAACGCGAGCAGGUCGCUCCAGCAGACGCGGUACGGCGCCGACGCGCUCAGCGUCACGCUCGCUCAGAUCGGCAACGACCCGCACGCGCGCCAGUUCCUCUCCGAGCUCGACGUGCACCCCGAGGUCGGCGACCUGAUCGACACGACGUCCAACUACGAGCAGGAGGAGGACGACUUUAUGCGCACGAGUGGCAUGCAGCUCACGCCCGAGCUUUGGCUCGUCAAGAUGAUGAUGGGCGGCAUCGACUCAUCUUAUGACGCCAUGGACGAGGCCUGA